AUGGAGAAACUGACGAGGUGUUUCAUGUCGGUGCUGCUGCUGUCUGCGGUGCUGAGCUCUGGUUUAACUGAAGAGAAGUUUUUCGGUGAAGGAGAUACACUGGAGAUGAGGCCUAAAUUCUCCGGUGAGAUCAACACUGUCACAUGGAAACUAAACAACGAGCUGGUGGCAGAAUGGUUGAAAACGAUAAAUGAUCCAAUGUACUACAACACGUUUGAAGGCCGAACAACCCUGGACAAAGAAACUGGAAUACUGAAGAUCACAAACAUGAGUCCAGCAGACAGUGGGGUGUAUUCAGUGGAAAUCAACAACAAGGUCCUGCCUGAGAGAUAUAAUGUAAAAGUGAUCAAGGAGGUGCCUCAGCCUGUUGUGGAGUUAAACCUACUGUCAUGUUCUGAUGCAUCAGACAGCUGCAUUCUGAGCUGUGAUGGAAAGUCUGACGAAGCUGUAGCUUUGACUGAAGCUGAACCCGUCACCUACAGCUGGAAGAUGGGAGAAGGAGAGUGGAUGGAUGGGGAGAAGAGCAGGAACAUCACCAACGAUAUGGAGACACAACGUGUGGAAACAUUCUCCUGUCGGAUGAAGAACCCAAUCAGUGAGAAACAAAGUGACCCCAUACCCAACCCUUUCUACAGAGAAGAUCUUCCAGAACAUCUUUUCUACGAAUUCAUAGCGCCACCUACUGGACACAGGAAGUCAGCCUUUAAUGUAGACAAAGCAUCGGACAUUGUGAUCAUGAGCAACAAUGAGGCAGCUGACAACAUGACUUAUGAUUAG